AGACCUUGAAACUGAAAGGCUAAUCAAUUCUAAUUAAUUGCAACAUUCAACAUUCACACCUGCCUCAAACAGUUCUUUCUCCCACCCUGGACAUUCCACAGAUAUAUAAACCCCACUUGCCUAGUUUCCAAGAGACCUCACAACCUCUGAGGCUGCCUGCCAUAGUGUGGGCGAAACGUCAGGACUGGAACUUGGCCAUACAGCCUGGAAAACCCACAGCAACCUGCAGUAAAGUGGUAUAGAACAAUAUCAUAAUAUAUAAUACUAACAUUGUGCUAUGCUAAUAAUAUAUUAUAUAUACAUAUAGUAUUAAUAAUUGUAUUAUAAUGUAAGACAAUAAUAUACAAUAAUAUUGUAAUAUAAUAAUACUAAUAUAUUAAUUUUUUUUAUUGUGAGCCGCUUUGAGUCUCCAUUUGGAGAGAUAAAGCGGGAUAUAAAUAAAUCAAUUAAAUAAACUCGCAAGAUUCCAUAAUCAUGGAGCCAUGGCAGUUGGAGUGGCGUCAAAGUGCGCUAAUUCUAUAGUGCAGGUGCGCCUGGAGACCAAAGUACACGACGUUAGCAUGUCUCCAACGAAACGCAAAGCGCGUGGAAAAACGUAGCAGCCACGACACUCAAAGACCCUUUGGAAAACAUAUCUCGAUCCAGCGCGAGCUUUGUCUCUAGAAUUUUAUACUGUCUGUGGCUAUGCGAAGACAGCGUACGCCCUUCCUUCCUGCAACUGUCGCGAUAUCUGGAGAGGGCAACAGUCCCCCUACCCAUCAUCCCUCGCGGCAGUUGAAAAGUGGCGCGAGGCGUUGUUGUGGUUGUCGUCGUCAUGGCGCAGGGUGCUCCCAGGCCCUCGCCCUCCUCCUCGACUUCUCCGCCUCCGGUGAAGGUCUUGGCCUCGCAGCUGAGGCGCUGCUGCCGCCGGGACCCUGUCGACGGGUGGCUGCUGGACCGGGCGGAGUUCGGACGCAGGGCGCUGGCGGUGCCGGUGGUGUGGAUGCAGGGCAAAGUGCUGAGCGUGGAGGCGGGGCCCGGCGGCGGCGCGGUGCGUCUGCGCGACGGGAGCGGCUGCUUUGUGGCCGAGGGAGCCGGGGGCGUCCCCAAGGGCCGGCCCUGCCUCCACGCCGGGAAGUACGUGAUGGUGCUGGGCCUGGUUCGCUCCUGCGGCCCCGGCGAACCCACCCUCCGUGCCCUCAAGCUGACAGACCUCUCCGGGAACCCCCUGAACGAGGCCAGCUGGGAGGCCGAGGUGGAGGAGCUGCACAGGCGCGUCCUCCCCUGAAGUGAAGGAGGAGCCCACCGACAGGCAGCUGUGGGAGACUCCAGUGGACAGAAUAAACACUUACUUGCCUUUCUAAAAGCUGGGACACUUGCUGAAUCUGAACAAGCCCACUGGAGGAUAGGAAUGUUACUUUAUGCCUUCAUUUCUAAAAGCUGGGACACUUGUUAUUUCUAAACAAGCAGACUCAAGUAUAGUAAUUUCACUGUAUACCUUCAUUCCUUAAACCUGGGACAACUGCUGUUUCUAAACAAACUGACUCAAGUAUAGUAGGGACACUUGCUAUUUCUAAACAAACCGACUCCAAGGAUAGGAAUUUCACUGUAUAUCUUCAUUCCUUAAACCUGGGACAACUGCUCUUAUAAACAAACCGACUCAGAGGAUAGGAAUUUCCCUUUAUACCUUUAUUUCUAGCAGCUGGGACAAUUGCUAUUUCUAAACAAGCCGACUCAAGUAUAGUAAUUUCACUUUAUAUCUUCAUUUCUUAAAGCUGGGCGCCCUUCCACACAGCCAUAUAAUCCAGAAUAGCAAGGCAGAAAAUCUCACCUUUUCUGCUUUGAGCUGGAAUAUAUGGCAGUAUGGACUCUCAUAACCCAGUUCAAAGCAGAUACUGUGGGAUUUUCGGCCUUGAUAUUCUGGGUUAUAUGGCUGUGUGGAAGGGCCUUAGGACACUUGCUAUUUCUAAACAAGCUUACAAUUAAAGUUAAGAGAUUCAAAUAUUUCAUCUGUGGAUAUUUCGAACUUCAAAUGGGGUUUCCUCUUACAUAUUUUAAGUUUUAAUAUUAAAUUCAGAUAUCUAUUCCAUAAAUCAAAAAACCAUGGCUUCUUGAAAGAUUAGCCUCAUCAUGUAUAGCACUUGAAAAAGAAGGAAUACUCAUAAAAAUAAUAUGUUAUUUCAUUGUUUAAAAUAUUUAAAAAUCUCAGUGAAACAUACUCAGCAGAGACAUGCUCAGAGUCACCCUCUGAUUCCUGAUUUGCCUUUUAGCAGAAUAAUGGCUGGAAAAUCAGUGUGCAGUGUCUAUUUGCCAGUUUUUCUCAAGAUCUUUAAUAUGUACAAACUAAAUUUCAGUGGAGAAAAGCGAGAAUUAUAAACCCCGGAGCAUGUAAGCUUGUUUGGAGGUAGAAAACACCUUGUUCUGCCCCAGAACUGCUGUGGCUGAAGGGACAGCAGACUCAACAUGAACAGGAACACUUUCCUUUCUAAAAGCUGGGACACUUGUUAUUUCCAAACAAGCUGACUCAAGUAUCAUAAUUUCACUUUAUACCUUCAUUUCUAAAAUCUGGGACAUUUUCUAUUUCUAAACAAGCCAAUUUGAAUACAGCUACUUCACUUUUACACAGUUCAUGGGCAAAACAGUCCUUUGGCAGAAUGCUGAGCUUUGUUAAAGCCUAGCUGCUCCUCAACUUCCUGUGGGUUGCGCAAGCUCACCUGCUGAUUUUAAGCAUUGUUUAUUGAAGAGAAAGUAGUCCAAACGGAUACAAAAGAAUGAUGUAAGAAAAUACCAUGUCCCUUUGCAGAACAAUGCCUUGUUAAAUCUGCAGAUUUGGUUAUUCGUUAGCCUUUUCUUCUUGCGUGAUACAUGGACUCUCAUACUGAUGUAAAACACUUUACUAAAGAGGUAGCAAGACAAAAUGGACAAACAAAUUUCAAGACUGGCUUGUUAAAUCUGCAGGUUUACUUGUCAGUUACUCGUUCGCCUUAGCGUUCUAACUUGAGUGAUGCAUAAACCCUUAUGCUGGUUUAAAACACCAUUUAUUGAAGAGAUAGUUGACAAAGUAGACCAAACUAAGAGGAGCUAUUUUGAAAAACACAGGUUUUUUUCUACACCUCAGGAGUGUCUGGACAGCUAAACAUACAUAUAAUUUAAGGCUUGUAUUGGGCAGAUUGUGUGUUGUGAAAUGGAGCAAAAUCUAAAAACUGCUAAUUUGAGCAUAUCUGAUUGGUAUUCCCUGUUGGUGGGCAGUGAGUCUUUUAGUGGCUAACAAUUUCAAUUGCCUUCCCAGUGGGUGGAUGGGAGGCAGUUACAGUAUAUAGAAUAAUUUGCAACUUCCAAGAAGUUGGAUAUAAUGCAUGCUGAAUGUUGCAUGGGAUAUCUGACACCUCAGAACAGCACAAGAGGAGUAUUUCUUUUUUGACCAUAUGUUUGGAGUUUAUUUGCCAUUUCCUUUGAUUCGUUAUAUAUACAGUACCAUAAUCCUUUUAUGUGACACAGAGUAUCAGAUUUCAAGUCUGGGAAAUUUUCUUUGAUUCUAAGGUUCAUUAAAAGAAAAGGAAAUAAAAUGAAUUCUGUCAUUGAA